CUUACGUGUUUCUCUCAGGUCACUCCAAGCGCGCGAUCUCACUUUCACAAGCUGCCUGCAAAUUCAAAGGACAGAUGUGUUUCGCGGACGAGUGGGACAUGAUUCUCUUCUUGGGUACCCCAGUACUGAGGAACAUGCAACAGCUGGAGGACUGCGGGCUGUAUGUCAGCGAUCUGAACAUGUUCGAUCGGAGCACAGACAUUGUUCUCGCCGGCGAGCAGCAGUCAGAGGAACUGAUGAACUUGUUCAAAAAGCAAAUGGAUGAGUGUAAACAACUAGAAAAGAGCAUGAGGCGAAUGGAUAAAAUACGUAAACUCGCGGACGAAUUGUUGUACCAGUGCAUCCCAAGGGGAGUGGCCGUGAAGCUUCGCAACGGGACGCCGGCUAUGGAGACCAUACAGACAUUUGAUGCCGUGAGCAUCUGCUUCACUAAAGUGGUGAAUUUCCGCACCAAAUGCAUGGAAAUUAAUGUGCAACAGACAAUCGAAUUACUGAACCAAAUGUACACGCUAUAUGACUCGCUCACAGAAUUGCACAAGGUAUACAAGGUUGAGACAGUUGGUGAUAGUUACAUGUUGGUAUCUGGAGCUCCUCAACACACCACAUUGCAUGCUGCCCACAUUACUGAAAUGGCGUUGCAAAUAUUGGACGUCACCCGGAAUAAACUAUCCUGGCCUUUAAAGACAGACGAAGCAAAGGAGAUGAAGAAAUGUCCGUAUUCGUCGGAACCACUACAGUUGUUCAUAGGAUGUAACAGUGGUCCGAUUGUGGCCGGUGUAGUUGGAUACAAGACGCCUCGGUACUGCCUUUUCGGAGACACUGUGAACGCGGCAAGUCGCAUGAUGAGCAACGGAUCGCCCGACAAAAUCCACAUAAGCCGAUCGUUUGCUGACACGCUCGCUCCCUAUCCAUACGUUGUCAAAUACAGAGGGAAAAUGGACAUCAAGGGUAAGGGAGAAAUGGAUACUUACUUUGUCGAAGGACGUGCUCAAGAGUUUGUCAUUAUCGAUGAGCAUACUGGCACUCGGCAAAACUUCGCGGAUAUUCUGAAAAGGGAUGAUUUUGAACAACCUGAUGAUUCGCUUUUGGAACAACCGAUGGCCGAAGAAUGA